AGCCCUUCGAUACACAGCUCCACCAGUGCUUGAGCAAUUACCAGUGGGCUCCCACCCUGCCCCUUCCGGGAAGGGGCCUGGGCCCAUGUGAACCCUGGCUAGUUCCCUAAUGCAACCAGAGCCCGGAGAAAAGGGAACUGCACUGGGCCUGGCCGUGUGAAGAGUUAAGGAGCGAGUGGUGAGUGCAGGAAGGCGUUGCUCUGUGGUUGUGGGGCGUCUUGCUGAGUCAAUCGCAGAGCCCAGCCCCAGCUCACACCGGACAGUGCGUCUCCGCCGAACAGCCGGAUCGGAGCAGUCGCUGCUGCCUUUGCCAUCCCAGCCCCGGCGAGGGAGCGAUUGGACUCGUGCGGGGGCUCCUUGGCUUGACCCUGCCGGCCAGGAUGAAGAUGUGGCUCGUGGCGGGCCUGCUGCUGCUCCUCAGGGCUGAAGGCGCAGAGGCGCUGGCCGAACCCGAGCUGUGCUAUGUCCUGGACGCCGUCUUGUUCACCUACGGCAUCAUCCUCACAGUGCUCUACUGCCGCCUGAAGCUCCAGGUUCGAAAAGCAUCAAAAGCCGUCCCCAGCGCAGCCUAUAGCCAGAAAGAAGAAGGGAUCUAUACCGGGCUCAGCACUCAGAACCAGGAGACCUACGAAACCCUCCGGACCAAGCCUAAUUAGGAGCCCAGUGGUAUCCCCAGGUGCAGCCUCUGCAGAAGGAGGUUGAAGGGGGAGCAGGUGUCCCAAGAGUGAUUUAUAUGAGUUCCUCCCCAGUCCCAGCAAAAAAACAACUUUGUUGAAACCAGUGGUUCCCAGUUGCCCUCACAUGCUGAAGUGUUGGGGGUGGAGGUGUUGCACCCCUGCUCGUUUGCAUGGUAGACAUCCUCCCCCAGCUGUACAUUGCUCCGAGACUCUGCAGGAUCCGCCUUUCCUAUCCCGCCUCUCUUGUGUUUCUGGUGCUGAAGCCCUGUAGAUGUUCUUUCCCUUGUGCCUGUCACCAAUGCCGCACAGCAAGUCUCUGGUGAGACGAAGGUGGGGUUCCAUGCAUGGUUCCCUCCAGCAGCAAAGCACCUUGUCUACCUUCUACAGCCAAGAACUAUAAUGCAAACAUCUAAACCCUCCUGAACAUCUCUUGGAAACCCCUGGACCAAUGGAGAAUCAUAGAAUCGUAGGACUGGAAGGGACCUCGAGAGGUCAUCUAGUCCAGUCCCCUGCACUCAUGGCAGGACUAAGUAUUAUCUAGAUCAUCCCUGACAGGUGUUAGUCUAACCUGCU